AUGGCCGAGCUCCUCGCCGGUGCGCCGCUCUUCCCGGGUCGGUCGGAGAUGGACCAGCUCAACAGGGUGUUCGAUACGCUGGGGAUGCAGGACAUGGCGUCGUGGCCGGGCUUCGCGCGGCUGCCGCGCGCCGGGUCGGGGCUCUGCCACCGCGCCCGGCCGCCCAGCCGGCUACGGGAGAUGUUCCCGGCGCUGUCAGCCGCCGGCUUCGACGUCCUGAGCGGGCUCCUGUCCUGCAGGCCGGACAGGCGGCUCGCCGCCGCGGACGCCCUCCGGUGCCCGUGGUUCGCGGACGCACCCGCGGCGGCGCCUGAGGCCAUGCCAGCUGAUCAGCUGCGAGCCUCCUGCGCCGCCGCCAUGGCUGCCAGCGUACCUGGUGUCGCUGAGGCAAUCAUAGCAUAG